CCCCUUCUUCCUUCUUCUUCCUCUUUGAGUUAAAUCUCAAACCUCUGCUUUUGCAGUAACUUCUCUUCCUUAAUUCAAAAACUUUCCUUCUUUUUCAAGAUUCAUAUUAGCAAUGGCGUCGCAUUACAAUAGCUUUUUCGGCAGUGAAGAGCCACACUUUCUUGAAUCUUGCUCUCUUUGCCGUAAAUACCUUGGUCUUAACUCCGAUAUCUUCAUGUACAGAGGAGACAAGGCGUUUUGUAGCAACGAGUGUCGAGAAGAACAGAUUGAGUCCGAUGAAGCCAAAGAGAGAAGCUGGAAACUUUCUGCUAGAUCUCUCCGUAAAAAAUCUUCCGAAGCAGCAAAAGAUUCCGCCGCCGGCAAAACCGUACGGACAGGAACUCUCGUGGUGGCGUAGUAGACGUGUUUUUAUUACAUAAGAAGAUCAAAACAAGUAGCUUUUCUAUAUAAUAUACCCUCUUUAAGAAAAAAGAAAAAAACAUGCAAAGUUUUGUUCUGUUUCUAUCUUGCUCCGAUGUCGGAAUCUGAGAAAGUGUUAGAUCUGGUUUUUAUGUAAAUGAAUGUGGAGUUUUGGAGAUUGAGAUGGGCUAUGUUUAUAGUUUUUUUUUUCUGUUCACUGGGGGUUUAAAUUUUGUUCGAUGUUCUAAGAAAUAGAUCAUACUACUAUCUUGUUCUAAAAUUCAAUUUCUUUAUCUUAUAAUUUAGUUUCAAACUUGUGUUGUUUAGAUCUAAGACUCUUAUGUUCCACCAGAAGUGAGAUGAAUUGGUCUAAUCCGCGGUCAAAUUACAAAUGUUUCAAUACUUAGAGCAUCCUUGAAAAUGAUUUUUCAUAUUUUUAUUUAUAUUUUGAAUUUUC